UCUCCGAUUUGGACAGCGUUACUCGCGGCUGAGAAGAAGCCAUGACACCCUUUCCUUGAGAACGAAAUUCGUCGGACGUCGACGCCUGAUUCAGCCUUUUUUCCGGGCUGAUUGCCCUACCUGCCCAUUCUCCAUCGUUCCACCGGCACAUGACUCACCGGAAAAUCCACCCCUCCCGCGAAUCACCCGCAUUAGUCCCUUCUUCUCCCCAAAUAGCUCACCCACACAAACUCGCUUACGUCUGAAUAAUCUCCAAAUACCGAAGAUUGGGAGGUAAAUCCAGAAUCUCGAUCCAGAAAUUAUCACAGGGUCGAAGACGAAUGGCACAAUCGUGAAGCGCAAACCUCUCCCAAACUUUAAUAACUUCUUCCGGGCUUGCCCAUCAGCUUAUAGAUAUACUGACUCAAUGGCUGGUGGAGGAAUGAUCAGGCAGCUACUAAGGAGGAAUCUUAAGACCCAAUCUACAUCCUUUGGAACACUUGCUUUUAUGGGAGGUGGUGCGUUAGAACAUUUGAGCUUUGCGACAGUAGCAUCCUGUCAUGAGGCUGAUCAAGGGUUGCGGUGUCCAAGCUACAUCUGGUCUCGCAAUGGUAAUCUCCAUCCACAUGUUCAUGCAUCGUUGACAUCCAAUUUUCUUCAGCAAUCAACUUAUAAUUUUAGCCAAAGUUGUAAUGUUUAUAAAAGUUCUGGCUUAGAUAUAAGGAGCUUGAAUUUGGGACGUCGUUUCCAUUCACAGUCAUUUCACAAGUCUCAUUGGCUUUCAUCUCCUUCUACUCGUUAUAUUGGAAGGUGUUCUUCCAUGUACAAUAUUCAACGCUGCUACUCUAAAGCUUCCAUCGAACGGAAGUCCAAAAAUAUGCUUUUAUACCUUGUAGCAUUGGUUUUUGCUAUGGUGGGAUGCAGUUAUGCGGCUGUUCCUCUUUAUAGGAGGUUCUGCCAAGCUACUGGUUAUGGAGGCACUGUUCAGCGCCGUGAGAGUGUUGAAGAAAAGAUAGCUCGCCAUGCUAAAGAUGGAACAGUAACUACAAGGGAUAUUGUUGUGCAGUUUAAUGCUGACGUAGCUGAUGGAAUGCCUUGGAAGUUUAUCCCAACACAGAGAGAGGUGAGGGUAAAACCUGGAGAAAGUGCACUUGCAUUCUAUACUGCUGAAAAUAGAAGUUCAACUCCAAUUACUGGUGUGUCUACAUACAAUGUUACACCUAUGAAGGCUGCAAUCUACUUUAAUAAAAUACAAUGCUUCUGCUUCGAGGAGCAGCGCCUCCUUCCUGGGGAGCAGAUUGACAUGCCUGUGUUCUUUUACAUUGAUCCUGAGUUUGAAACUGAUCCAAAAAUGGAUGGCAUCAACAAUCUGAUUUUAUCCUACACUUUUUUCAAGGUCUCUGAAGAAUAGCUGAUGAACGGAGUCAUUGGUUAAUUUUUAGAUAGAGAGGACAGUGUCAAGAGAUCCAUUUUCUUUUUUGUCAUUGAUAGAGAAUAGUCGGAAGAAAAGUUUUCUUAAUUAUUUGAGAUUUAGAUUCAAUCAUAUCCCAUGAGAUUAUGGAAAUAAUAGAAAUUUGUGUUUGAGGUCAUUGGCCUUUUGGACAUUCAAGAUGAGGGUAUCAAUGUAACACCAUAUAUAAACUUUAUAAAAUGUGCUAAAAAGUAAUAAAUGAAUGGACACGUCGAUGUACAUUUGAGCAUAA